AUGCAAAAUCAGCGUUCGGCAGUUGUCGGUCAGAUGCUAUACAAGAACAGCUUCGACUGUGCUGCAAAGGUGCUCCGCAACGAAGGGUUCAUCGGCUUUUACCGUGGUCUAGGACCGCAGCUCAUUGGUGUUGCGCCGGAAAAGGCUAUCAAACUUACCGUCAACGAUCUUGUCCGAGGACGCGCAACUGACCCUGAGACUGGACGUAUCAAGUUGAUGUGGGAGGUCAUUGCUGGUGGUACUGCCGGAGGUUGCCAACUCUUCACCAAUCCGCUCGAAAUUGUUAAAAUUCGUCUUCAAGUUCAAGGCGAGGCUGCAAAACUAGAAGGAGCUGUACCCCGUGGUGCUGUUCAUAUUGUCAGGCAACUGGGUUUGCUAGGAUUGUACAAGGGCGCUACCGCGUGCUUGCUCCGUGACAUUCCUUUCUCGGCGAUUUACUUCCCUGCAUACGCUCAUUUGAAGAAGGACGUUUUCAACGAGGGGUACCAUGGAAAGAAACUCACAUUUGGAGAGACUUUGUUGGCUGCUGGUAUUGCAGGCAUGCCCGCGGCGUACCUUGCUACUCCGGCUGACGUGAUCAAGACUCGUCUUCAGGUAGAAGCCAGGAGUGGACAGAGUACUUACAACGGAAUAGGCGAUGCAUUCAGGAAGAUCUUACGUGAAGAAGGUGCUAGCGCAUUCUUCAAGGGCGGUAUAGCUCGUGUUGUCCGAAGCAGUCCUCAAUUCGGGUUCACCCUCGUCGCAUACGAAUACCUGCACAAAUGGAUUCCUUACCCUGGCGAGAAAACACCUAGUGAAAAGAUCGAGACGGCACUUUCGACCGGCCACGAAGACUUGUCCCGUAUCCGUGCUCGCAACGCCCUCAAGAUCCUUUUGGACGUUCACAGUGACUUUGAGCGCAAGGAACCUGCAACAAAAGCAGCUUAG